UAUUGUUGUACAGAAGGUAUUCAUGAUUUAAGUGUCUUUAUCUAAGUUGGGCAUUCUAUUUUAAAUAGAAGAACAUGGGCACUUGUGAUUAGUGAACAAUAAAUCAAGACUUCAUAGAUAGCUCAGUUUCUUUUCUUUUUUAAAAGCCUAUAAAGUAGCACAUUUCAAGAACUCCUCUACCACUUAAACCCCUUUUCCCAAAACUUCAAAGAUUGUAUUUUUAAUGAAGAGGAAGUGUUAAAGAUCAUAAAUUUCUUCCAUAUUCCAUAAAACCCACCUGAAUUUAUAGUUUUUACAGCUUUCCUGUCUGAAAAAGGUUAAUAUGUACAGAAAAGGAAGCAGUGUAUGGUCAUCCAUGUUUGGAAAUGAAGAAUUUCAAGAAACUGAUGUUUGGUCAGUCAUCAAUGAAAGAAAAGAUUAUGAUUAUGAUUCAAAAUCUGUCAAGUCAAAAGGGUCAACCUCUGGAUACUCUUCAAGACCAACAGCAGCCAGAAUGAUUCCUAGACCUAGUAUCAACAAUUCAGACAUUGAAUCUAGGAUCCCUCAACAACAAUCAGCACCUGUCAACAUCCCUGAUUGGUCAAAGAUCUAUGGAACAACACCUAAGAGAUCAUCACAGAAAUCUUCAUUCAUUGAUUAUGGUUAUCAUGUUGAUGAUAGUGAUGAUGAUGAUCAUCAUCAUGGUGAUGGUAACAUGAUGCCACCUCAUGAAUGGAUUGCUCAAAAGCUUGCAAGAAAUCAAAUAUCUUCAUUUUCUGUAUGUGAAGGCGCUGGAAGAACGCUCAAAGGUAGAGAUCUGAGUAGGGUAAGAAAUGCUGUGUUAACCAAAACUGGAUUUCUUGAAUAAUUUCUUGAAUAGUUUCUUGAUAUUCAUAAAAAAAAAUUCAAGAAAAGAAAUUAUCAUUAUCACUAUCAUGAUGAUGUAAGAUCAUCAGUAUGAUUGAUAAUUGUGAUAAUUAAAGUGGGUCCCAUUCAAUUGUAUGGUGGUAUAGUCUGUGCAUAAAUUAUUGCUUGUUUGUUUUGUUUCUUUCUGGUUUCUGGGUUGUGUAAUUAAAUCUGUUUUUUUUUGUUUUAGAUUAAGAGAUUGGAAUUGUUAAAGAUGGGUUAUGUCUUGUUUUAUGAUG